GAAGCAGGCUUCCUGCGGAGCAGAGAGCCCGAUGUGGGGCUCGAUCCCAGGACCCUGAGAUCAUGACCUGAGCCGAAGGCAGCAGCCCAAACCACUGAGCCACCCAGGUGCCCCAGGAAUUCUUUUUUUAAAAAAAAGAUUUUAUUUAUUUAUUUGAGAGAGAGAGAAAGCAAGAGACAGAGCACGAGCAGGGGGAGGGGCAGAGGGAGAAGCAGACUCCCUGCUGAGCAGCGACUGGAACCUACGACCCUAACCCGGAAUCACACCUGUGCAAAAGGCACACGCUUAACCAACUGAAUCACCCAGGUGGCCCUAAUUUUUCCAUAAAAUGUAGACUUUCGGCCAACUGGUAAAAGUUAGGGUCUUGAAUCAGAUUGAGAUCCCACCCUAAUAUUACUAGUUAAUAUUUUUAAGUUACUAACCGGUAUGUGUUUUCACUUUCUUGUUUGUAAAAAGUAAUUGUAUCAAUACCUGUCUUGGAGAGUUGUUGUGAGAAUUUAAUGGAAUUAAAAAGGAAUUUAAUGGGCGGUGCUUGGGUGGCUCAGUGGGUUGAGGCAGCUUCGACUCAGGUCAUGAUCUCAGGGUCCUGGAAUCGAGCCCCACACUGGGCUCCCUGCUCGACGGAAGCCUGCUUCCCCCUCUCUCUGCCUGCUUCUCUGCAUACUUGUGAUCUCUCUUACUGUCAAAAAAAAAAACUUAAAAAAAGAAGAAUUUAAUCGGAUAACCCCAUUAGAACACCAUGCUUGUCACAUGGGGGAAUAUUUCACUACUGUUAUAAUGUUAAUCAUUCUACUGUAUUUUACUAUGUCAUGGAUUGGAAUAUUUGCAAGUGAUGAAUUAGUAUGAAAGCUGUAAGGAUGUAUUUUUAUAAAUAUAAAGAAUUUGACAAGUGCUCGAAGAGAAUUACAACUAAAGUAGAAAUUUUGGAAAAGAUGAGACAAGUUACGGAGAAGGUUAAGUACAUUUAUUUAAUACUUACCCAUUUAGCCACAUGAUGUCGCUGUCCACCACAAGGUAUUUCACCACAAAAGAAAUGCCGCAUGCGUUGUGUACUCUGGUGCUGCUUUUCCUCACCAUCUCUGAAAUACGGGCAUGGUAAGGCUAUUAAAAAAAAAAAAAAAUGAGGAACUCAAAUUCUUUUCUGAAGUUUGGAUCGAGGCAAGAACGACGCAAUAUUUGGGAAAGGCUUGCAACGGUGUUUUCAUGGAGAGAAGAAGGUUCAGGAGCCCGGCAAUUACUGCUUUCGCUUCUGCUCCUUACAAUCUGGGAGACUGGGAGCGGCCAGGUUCAUUACUCAGUCCUGGAGGAGGCCAAACACGGCACCUUCGUGGGCCGCAUCGCCCAGGAUUUGGGGCUGGAGCUGGCGGAGCUGGUGCCACGCCUGUUCCGGGUGGCGUCCAAAGGCCACGGGGACCUUCUGGAGGUAAAUCUACAGAAUGGCAUUUUGUUUGUGAAUUCUCGGAUCGAUCGGGAGGAGCUGUGCGGGCGGAGUCUGGAGUGUAGCAUCCACCUGGAGGUGAUCGUGGACAGGCCGCUGCAGGUUUUCCAUGUGGAGGUAGAAGUGAAGGACAUUAACGACAACCAGCCGGUUUUUCCAACGGCCGUAAAAAAAUUAUUUAUUUACGAAUCCCGGCUGCCUGGUUCUCGGAUUCCGCUAGAGGGCGCAUCAGAUGCAGAUAUUGGAGCCAAUUCUCUGUUGACCUACAGUCUAAACUCUAAUGAUUAUUUUACCUUGGAUAUUAAAAGAAAUGAUGCGAAUAUUAAAUCCCUUGGACUCGUGUUGAAAAAAGUUUUAAAUCGCGAGGACACUCCUGAACAUCACUUACUAAUAACGGCAGUUGAUGGUGGGAAACCAGAGCUCACUGGCACUACUCAAGUGAAGAUCACCAUUCUAGAUGUAAAUGACAACGCUCCAGAGUUUGAGAGGUCUGUCUACAAAGUCAGUUUAUUCGAAAAUGCACCAAACGGUACCCUAGCAGUGAUUGUUAACGCCUCUGAUUUGGAUGAAGGAGUAAAUAAGGACAUUGUAUAUUCUUUCAAUACAGACAUGUCAGCAGAUACUCUUUCAAAAUUCCACUUAGACCCAGUUAGUGGAUACAUCAGUGUAAAAGGUAAUAUAGAUUUCGAGGACACUAAGUUAUAUGAAAUCCAGGUAGACGCGACAGAUAAAGGAAAUCCCCCAAUGGCAGGUCACUGCACGGUUCUGGUGGAAAUUUUGGACGUCAAUGAUAAUGUACCUGAGUUGGUUAUCAAAUCACUGUCAUUACCCGUAUUAGAAGAUACUCCCCUCGGCACGGUCCUUGCCUUAAUAAGUGUGUCUGACCGUGACUCUGGUGCCAACGGGCAGUUGACCUGCACCCUGUCACCCCAUGUUCCUUUCAAGCUGGUGUCCACCUUCAAGAACUACUAUUCGCUGGUGCUGGACAGCGCCUUGGACCGCGAGAGCGUGUCCAACUAUGAGCUGGUGGUAACAGCACGGGACGGGGGAUCGCCUCCGCUCUCCGCCAGGGCCAGCAUGUCCGUGGAAGUGGCGGACGUGAACGACAACGCGCCGGCGUUCGCGCAGCCCGAGUACACGGUGUUCGUGAAGGAGAACAACCCGCCCGGCUGCCACAUCUUCACGGUGUCGGCGCGGGACGCGGACGCGCAGGAGAACGCGCGGGUGUCCUACUCGCUGGUGGAGCGGCGCGUGGGCGAGCGCGCACUGUCGAGCUACGUGUCGGUGCACGCGGAGAGCGGCAAGGUGUACGCGCUGCAGCCGCUGGACCACGAGGAGCUGGAGCUGCUGCAGUUCCAAGUGAGCGCGCGCGACGCGGGCGUGCCUCCGCUGGGCAGCAACGUGACGCUGCAGGUGUUCGUGCUGGACGAGAACGACAACGCGCCGGCGCUGCUGCCGCGGCCCGGCGCGGGCGGCGGGGGCGGCGCGCUGAGCGAGCUGGUGUCGCGGUCGGUGGGCGCGGGCCACGUGGUGGCGAAGGUGCGCGCGGUGGACGCGGAUUCCGGCUACAACGCGUGGCUGUCGUUCGAGCUGCAGCCGGCGGCGGGGGGCGCGCGCAGCCCGUUCCGCGUGGCGCUGUACACGGGCGAGAUCAGCACGACGCGCCCCCUGGACGAGGCGGACCCGCCGCGCCAGCGCCUGCUGGUGCUGGUCAAGGACCACGGCGAGCCGGCGCUGACGGCCACGGCCACCGUGCUGCUGUCGCUGGUGGAGAGCGGCCAGGCGCCAAAGGCGUCGUCGCGGGUGUUGGCGGGCGCCGCUGGCGCCGAGACGGCGCUGGUGGACGUCAACGUGUACCUGAUCGUCGCCAUCUGCGCGGUGUCCAGCCUGCUGGUGCUCACGCUGCUGCUGUACACGGCGCUGCGGUGCUCGGCUCCGCCCAGGGAGGGCGCGUGCGGGCCUGGGAAGCCCACGCUCGUGUGCUCCAGCGCGGUGGGGAGCUGGUCGUACUCGCAGCAGAGGCGGCAGAGGUGUGCUCUGGGGAGGGCGCUCCCAAGACCGACCUCAUGGCCUUCAGUCCCAGCCUUCCACCUGGUCCCAUUGGCGGGGAUAGAGAAGAGCAGCUGAAUGUGGACGGUGAUAUUUCUGCUAAGCCUCGACAGCCCAACCCUGACUGGCGUUACUCUGCCUCCCUCCGAGCAGGAAUGCACAGCUCUGUGCACCUGGAGGAGGCUGGCAUUCUGCGGGCUGGUCCAGGAGG